AUGUCCAGAGAAAUAGAACGUGAAGGGAAACCCCACUUGGUCCUUCGUAUCACGCCCAUUGACGCGGAUGCUACCUUGGAGCUCCGUCAGUCGGUUUUGUGGCCUAGCCGUUCAUUUGCAGAUGUCCUUCUCGCUGAAGAUGACAAGGGCCUUCAUUUCGGAGCCUUCGUUUCACAGUACGAAAAGCCCAUUGCCGUCAUCUCGUUAUUUGACGAUCCGUUGCCGGAACUCCACCUUGUAGAAUCUGGGGAUGAUAGCCCGUCCCAGAGAAAGUCAGCACGCUUUCUUGAAGUAGCUCGAUCGACGCUGGGUGCAAGCGUCAUUUGGUGUGAUGCUCGGACAUUGAGCAGUGCCUGGUAUAAGAAGCGUGGGAUGGUCGAAUUUGGUGACCCUUUCUACAAGGGAGAUGUCGAGUAUAUCCGGAUGAAGAUGUCCUUGAACGCAGAUACUUGCGAGACCAGUGCGUAUAACGCCAUUUAG